AUGAAAUUCUCUGUUAACCUUAUUGCUUUGCUCUUUGGAGCACUGUCCUCGACUAUGGUUGCACAAGCCGCUCCCCCUGUUGCGCGGGCCCCCGAUGUAUUCUCCAUUAUAUUUUUUGACGAACCCUCUCUCGGCGGUGCUUCAUACUUUCCUGAAUAUUCUGGUCCUGAUCUAUGUAUCACCCUCCCGCCCAAAUGGAUAAACAGAGCGGAAAGUUUGGUCAUCUCCAAUGGCUAUUCUUGUGCCUUCUACGCCUGA